CCACCCCGGUAGCUUGCUAGCCAACAUAGCAGAAAGAUUCAAGCUAUUUAUACGCUUUCGGUGUAUAUUAGCUACUGUGUGUUAGACACACGUAGGUCGUAUCUACUUGUUAACCUAUUUAAUUUAAUAUUACGUUAUUUUGUAUUAGUCAACUAUAGUAGCUGGCUGGUUAAAUUAGCACUAGCCUAGUCGCUAAUGAUAGCUAGCUAGCUAACAUCCCCGAACAUGAGCUCCCUAAACAUCUCCCCUCUUGUUAAAGAAGAGGUGAUCUGCUGGACGGAGAAAGAAGCUCUGGGGCUGAACAUUGUCGUGAAAGAGGAGAAGGAAGAAGACGACAUCACAGUAAAACAAGAAGUAGAGGGUGAGGCUGUUACAGUGAAAGAAGAAGAGAUAGACGUUUCAGUGAAAGAAGAGGAAGACGCGUUCAGAGUGAAAGAGGAGGAAGAUGUUACAGUUAAAGAAGAGGAUGAAGAGAAAGAGGCGGAUGCAGUUUUUGGAAUGAAGAAGGAAGGGGAGAUUACUGUCACAUUGAAAGAUGAAGAGGAGGAGAAAGGAGAUCUGAGUAACACCAGAGAGAUACGGGACUAUUGUGGAUCCUCUGGGGAGCCUCAACAACCUCAUGAUGUUGACGAGGCAGAGAAGAGUCUCUCCAGAUCAGAACGCCUCAAGAAACACCAGCAGAGAUCCACAGGGAAGAGAACUCACUGCUGCUCUGACUGUGGGAAGAGAUUCACCUCAUCAGGCAUUAAAAUUCAUCAGAAAACACACACAGGAGAGAAACCUUAUAGCUGUGUUCAAUGUGGGAAGAGUUUUCGUCUAUCUGGAGAUCUGACAGUGCACCAGAGAACACACACAGGAGAGAAACCUUAUUGCUGUGAUCAAUGUGGGAAAAGUUUUACUACAUCUGGCUCUCUGACAGUGCACCAGAGAAUACACACUGGAGAGAAAUCUUGUAGCUGUGGUCAAUGUGGGAAGAGUUUUGGUCGAUCUAGCUCUCUGACAGUGCACCAGAGAACACACACAGGAGAGAAAUCGUAUAGCUGUGGUCAAUGUGGGAAGAGUUUUUUUACAUCUAGCAAUCUGACUAUACACCAGAGAACACACACAGGAGAAAAACCGUAUAGCUGUGAUGAAUGUGGGAGCAGUUUUGUUACAUCUAGCAGUCUGACUAUACACCAGAGAACACACACAGGAGAGAAACCUUAUAGCUGUGUUCAAUGUGGGAAGAGUUUUUGUCAAUCUAGUGAACUGACAGUGCACCAGAGAACACACACAGGAGAGAAACCUUAUAGCUGUGAUCAAUGUGGGAAGAGUUUUUGUCAAUCUAGUGAUCUGACAGUGCACCAGAGAACACACACAGGAGAGAAACCUUAUAGUUGUGGUCAAUGUGGGAAGAGUUUUACUACAUCUGGCUCUCUGACUUUACACCAGAGAACACACACAGGAGAGAAACCUUAUAGCUGUGGUCAAUGUGGGAAGAGUUUUUGUCAAUCUAGUGAACUGACAGUGCAUCAGAGAACACACACAGGAGAGAAACCGUAUAGCUGUGAUCAAUGUGGGAAGAGUUUUACUAGAUCUGGCCAUCUGACAUUACACCAGAGAACACACACAGGAGAGACACCUUAUAGCUGUGAUCAAUGUGGGAAGAGUUUUACUACUUCUGGCUAUCUGACUAUACACCAGAGAACACACACAGGAGAUAAACCUUAUAGCUGUGAUCAAUGUGGGAAGAGUUUUAGUCAAUCUAGCUCUCUGACAGUGCACCAGAGAACACACACAGGAAAGAAACCGUAUAGCUGUGAUCAAUGUGGGAAAAGUUUUUGUCAAUCUAGCUAUCUGACAGUGCACCAGAGAACACACACAGGAGAUAAACCUUAUAGCUGUGGUCAAUGUGGGAAGAGUUUUGUUCAAUCUAGCUAUCUGACAGUGCACCAGAGAACACACACUGGAGAGAAACCUUAUAGCUGUGUUCAAUGUGGGAAGAGUUUUCGUCUAUCUGGAGAUCUGACAGUGCACCAGAGAACACACACAGGAGAGAAACCUUAUAGCUUUGACCAGAGGUAAUCUGAUAAAAGAUCCCUGAUCUAAACAUCAGAAAAUACAUGAAGCAGUUGUUUCAUGAUAUCAAUGAAAUGAUGUCACAAUGUAGAAUGUUUUAACGUUAUAGUAGGAGUAUUUUAAUGAUGUCACAAUGUAGAAGCCUAAAUGUUUGUCCCCUGUUCUAUUAAUUUCAACAUGAUAUGGAUAUUAGCCUCAGGGGGAAAAUCCAGGCUCUGAAUUGGAAGAGUACUAUUUAUGAGAUUUAACAAAAAGUGAAUAACACAAAAAGAGCUGUGUUACACUUACCAUGUUGGUGACCCACUUGAAUCAAAAUGCAACACUUCAAAAUGUAGCAAUCUGUUUUCUACAAAUUGUCCUCUAACCAGGGAUGUUCACAUUAUUCCCAGGUUCCGUGUGGUUUUUGAGUUGUUAGUUUUAACAGGACGUGCAACCUCAUCUCCCUCCUCUCGGCACAAUUGAUUUCAACAUGAUAUUGAUGAGUUAUGACAAAUAAGUGUUGUGUUCCUUUGUUUAGCGACCCCUAAAUUUAAAUGCAUCACUCCAAAAUGUAGCUGACUGUCUUCUGCAGGUUGUCCUCUAACCAUUGAGCUAAAAGAUAUCUCCCAUUUCCAUGUUUUUUUGUUGUUGUUAGUUUCAACAGCACGUACAGCCUGAUUUCCCCCCUAAUCGAUAUCAGUGAUUUAUUGCUACUUGUCAAAACAACAGUGUUUUUGGUGCUUGUGCAGUUUAUAAGGAGCUUGUUUUAAAAAUACAAGUAAUAUGAUUAUUGUGGCAGAUGUUUGUGUAAAUAGCACAUUUUAUAUUUAGGUUUUCAAUAUAUCAGAAACUGUUUCUGCACAUUGGUUAUUGAUUUGGACACGUUAAAACUGUGUUUUGACAUUGGGGGUAUCCCACCUAGCAACAUGUCUUUGAAAAGAAGAUGUAUUCUUUCAGUUGUGGUUGAAAGUGAUAGUUGAAAAUAUGUAUUUUCAUGUCUUUUUUUUUUUUUUUACUUGAAAACAACUUCAUUUCAAUGUACUUUCAGGUAGCAUAGUGGUUAGAGCGUUGGGCCAGUAAUCGAAAGGUUGCUGGAUCGAAUCCCUGAGCUGACAAGGUAAAAAUGUCGUUUUGCCCCCGAACAAGUCAGUUAACCCACUGUUCCCCGGUAGGCCGUCAUUGUAAAUAAGAAUUUGUUCUUAGCUGACUUGCCUAGUUAAAUAAAGGUGAAGAAAUAAUAUAUAUAUAUAUAUAUAUAUAUAUAUAUAUAUAUAUAUAUAUAUAUAUAUAUAUAUAUAUGGACGCAGAAUAAUAAUCAAUCGUCUAUGAUCAAUUUUUUUUUACAUUUCCUGCAUCAGUUAAAUAAAAAGUGGACGAGAGUUCUAGAAGCUAGUGAGUUUUAGGAAGACGAGAGUUCUAGAAGCUAGUGAGUUUUAGGAAGAAGAGAGUUCUAGAAGCUAGUGGAGUUUAGGAUUCUAUAGAAUGAAAAAUUGGGGUGAAAAAUUAUGUAUUUUAUUAUUUAGUAAUAAGUGUUUUUUUCUUGUUUUUAAUUGUUGACAGCCAGUAGACACCAUGUAUAUAUUGGUGAAGGUGAAGCAUUGUAGUUGAUUAUAAUGUGAAAUGGAAGUUGUUUUCUGUUGGUGGUGAGUGAAUUUGUCCAUCAAAAAUAUAGGAUAUAUUUGUUGUCUUAAGGGGGAAGGUGUUACAGGCUUUGGUUUUUCCAUUUAUGUUUUGAGGUUGGACUUUAGCACGUAUAGCUCGUCAGCACGUAGGACGCACUGAUUGGUGUCACCUCGUUAGUCAGUAUGUGUUACACCUGUGCUGGCUUGUCCAUCUCGUUAGUGGGAAGGUGUUUCACCUGAGCUGGUCCAGGUUCUAUUUAAGAGUGUCUGGCCCAGUGCUCCAGUUGUCUUGAUAGAUGUGGAGAGUCAACACCUUUAGUUGCUCCAGCUUUUUGGUUUGCUUUCUGUCUUUAAGUUUGUUGUGGGUUUUUAUAUUGUUUGCCUCUUCUUGGGCAGAUUUAGUGGGUCUCAUGGGUGGUGUCUUUUAGGUCCCAGUUGUUGUUACUAGUCAACUUUCAGUGGACACCCCCAUAGUGUCUUUGAGAAUCCCUCCUAAAAAACAAGCUUAUAUUUUGGGUUGGAUAUUGCAUCCAAUUAGUGUUUUAAUCAAUGGACUUUCCUUUGAAUGCUCAUUGGUCUUUCAGUUGUUAAUCUUCUGUUUUUUUUAUCCUGUUAUUUUUGUGCACUAAAUAUUUCUGUUUAUUUUCAUUGUUUUCUCCUGUGAAGCCAUUGUGUUGCAUCCAUGUCUGAAAUGUGCUGUAUAAAUAAGCUUGAUUUGAUUUUAAGAAAUGAACCCAAUGACUGACCAAUCAACAGACUCUUGGUCCAUCUUAGUAUGAAAAUCAGUAUCAAUCCCACUUUUCAAGCCUGCUGAAGGCGUGGUGGAGUGGUAAACACCACCCCCGGCUCUACCAGGGGCUUGAGGUGGUCUCCCACAGCUCUGCUUAUGUCAUGUUCUGUGGCCUUGCCGUUCCAUUUCUUGACUGCCCCUGCAACACAGAAACACAUUUAGUCAUAUUAUAUAAAACACUCAAAGUAAUGGAUAUGGAGCAUCUAUGGCCUCAGUUACACCUGGCACCUAAAUGUGACUUCUGUCAUCUGAUCACUCCAAGCUGAAUUAGGUUCAGAUCUACCAGGAUGGGCCUUUGACAGUCUGGAUGCAGUCAGGUCACCACAUAUAAAUAAGCAAUGUAAAGAGAUGCGGUGAAUGAGUGGGGAAAAGUACAUUCUAUACAAAUGACCUUCAUAAUAACAAUCAACUAAUGUGUGUGCCUGAGGGGAAAUUAACUUUCCUACUGCCAAAAUGGGUGAGAAAUUACACAAAAACCAGCGGACAAUUUGCACUGCUGCUGAAAAACAUCUCCACAGCAUGAUGUUGCCAUGACCACCGCUUCACCGGGAUGGUACCGAUUUUCUCCAGACAUGACACAUGACAUUCAGGCCAAAGAGUUGGUUUAAUCAGACCAGAGAACCUUGUUUCUCAUGGUUAGAGUCCUUUAGGUGCCUUUUGGCAAACUCCAAGCGAGCUGUCAUGUGCCUUUUACUGAGGAGUAGCUUCCGUCUGGUCUCUACCAUAAAGGCCUGAUUUGUUGAAGUGCUGCAGAGAUGAUUGUCCUUCUGGAAGGUUCUCCCAUCUCCACAGAGGAACUCUGGAGCUCUGUCAGAGUGACCAUCGAGUUUUUGGUCACCUCCUUGACCAAGGCCCUUCUCCCCCGAUUUCUCCGUUUGGCCGGGCGGCCAGCUCUAGGAAGAGUAAUGGUGGUUCCUAACUUAUUCCAGUUAAGAAUGAGGGCGGACACUGUGUUCUUGGGGACCUUCAAUGCUGCAUACAUUUUUUGGUACCUUUUCUCCAGAUCUGUGCCUCAACACAUUCUUGUCUCAGAGCUCUACGGACAAUUCCUUUGACCUCAUGGCUUGGUUUUUGCUCUGACGUGUGUCGUGGCAGAAUCAGAUUUAGCUAGGUAACAUAGAUAGAUAAGAUGUUAUUUUCAUCAUAUGCUUGUGAGAUACUUGUCAUUAGAAUCUUCUGAGCUAGGGAUUAGUAACUUGGGCUCUGUCUCAGAGCUCUACGGACAAUUCCUUUGACCUCAUGGCUUGGUUUUUGCUUGUGAGAUACUUGUCAUUAGAAUCUUCUGAGCUAGGGAUUGGUAACUUGGUACCAGAGAGGGGAGAGGUCAGGUUUGUCUUCAUAAGUCAAUGUAUAUGUUAAACCAUUUGGUGCUAAGUAGAAUAUCAGAAGGGGAGGAGGACAGUUGUUUUCUUAUGGGAACGUUGUUUUCUUAUGGGAACGUGUCUGUAACUAUUCCUAAACCAUGUGACGUGAUGGAGUUAUUAAUUGGGGAACCAGUUAGUUAUCUCAUACAAUGUCUGUACGCCAGUCACUCCCUACUUUUCUCAUAGGGGGAAGGAGUUUGGCAGUGUUUGGAACCAUUGUAUUUCCCCUCUGAGGUUGCCCUUAUCUUGACCUAGUAUUUGACCUAAGAGGCUCACUGUCUGAUUUUGAGUUUGUCCAGGUUUGGGAGUAUCUAGAAAUGACAAUUGAUAUAUGCCAUUGGAUGAGGUAAUGUUUUGGUAGACAGUGAAGUAUCAAGCAUGAGAUUUAAACCUUGUCUUGGGAGAUCAAACUGAACGAUGAUUUAUAGCUGAUGCUGUCUAGCGAUAGGAUACUCCUCUUUCGGGUAAAGGAUUCUUUGUAAGUUGAGAGGGGUGUAUCUUGGCUAUAAAUGAAACUAAUAAUUGUUUUGUAAGCACUCUCAGAGAAUUCAUUUAUAUACACUGAAUUGAUCUGAGAGUCAUUAAAGGGCUUUGGUGAAGCUUGUAUAUAUAUUAAAGAUGGAAUAUAUAAUUUAA